GUCCCUAGUUCCGGUGGGCUGUGUUGUGUUGUGUAGAGAUGGCGGAGUGCGGAGCUGCGGGCUGUAGUUCUCUGCAGGCGGACAGUAAAGCGGGAUAUGUGCUCAGUACUGUCGCUGAAGUGGUGGAGAGGAUCCUCACCUUCAUCCCGACCAAAGCCCUGCUCCGGAUAGCGGGGGUCAGUAGAUUAUGGAGGAACUGCGCCCGCAGAGUCCUGAAGACCCAGCAGAAGAUCAGCUGGCUGUCUGCUUCUGGAUCAUCCAGAUAUGAAGAACAUGUUCUUCUGGGAACCAUGGAGGAAGGAUUAGAGGAGAUCUACCUGCUGCCCCACACAGCUCUGUUAAUGGUAGACAGUGAACAUUUCAGUGGACAUAACGGUUCCUACAGACACAAAAAAGCGAGGAAGUGUCAGGAUGAGGACGGGUUGGAUGCGAUGGACAGGCUGAGACACUUGUUGCCGAAAUCCUGUGAUAUUUUAUGGAUUGUCACCCCGGGAAUUGUGUUGACGCCCCCCCGCCUGCCCUGCAGCUGCCCUCAGGAGUUCAUGGAGGGAGAAGCUGGAUUCAGCCUCCUUUUUCCUGCUAUGGAGGGGGUUCACAUCCGCCCCUUCCACUUCUGCAAAAAGAACCUUAACCAGACUUCUCUGGAGGAAGCAGGGUUGGUUGGAAACCCCGACCUGAAGGUGGUGCUGCUGUUCGGUUAUGAUGCUUAUAAAUCUGGAGCCGCUCGGUUCCUGAAUCAGCUGCUGGAGCCGCUGGCCCACAGUAACGUCCUGAUCGCCGGCGGCCACGUGGAGAAAGCUUUCCCUCAGCACAGAGACUGCUGUUCUCCCGGCUCGUUCGGGGUGAUGGGUCUUGCAUUAAGUGGCUCCAGGAUCCAGGGCGCCUCGGUGCUGCUGGAUCAGGACGUCAGCAGCCCGAAAGCAGCCGAGGUUACGAUCCGGCGGCUAAAGGCGGCCGACAUCCCCGAGAGAAACACCAUCGGCUUCAUGUUCGCCUGCGUCGCCCGCGGCCACAACCACUACAACAACCAGCACAACGUGGAGGCCGACACCUUCCACAAGGUGUUCCCCGGCGUGCCGCUCUUCGGCUUCUUCGGGAACGGGGAGAUCGGCUGCGACCGCAUCGUUAAAGAGAACUACACGCUUAGCGAAACGGACGCUAACGGACUGCAGCACGGAUACACCACCGUCAUGAGCCUUGUGCAUCUAGGAUAAUGAUGAUGAUGAUGAUGAUGAUUCCUGGAGAAACUAGGCUGCUGGACUUCCUGUCUUAAACAUCACAGCGUGUGAUGGACAGGGAUUGGCUGAGAUGAUCAUUUAAGCAGCAAAUCAGAUCCAGUUUAUGUUGGUUGAUUAAAUAAAUACAGGAUGUACAUUUUGAUUUAUAAAGGUCAGGCCCAGCAUUAGACAAUGUUUGGUUUUUGUUGUUUUGUUUGAUUUGAUCGCUGAAAGUGACCCUAAAACCAGAAUAAAGCUCUAUCCGUACAGGAUUAGUUUCUUAGGGGGUCGUCUGUGUAAAAUAUAUCACAUUUUUACUUUUUGGUGAUAAAACUCCUGAGGAUCAGUGAGUUUUUAUUUUUAUUUUUUGGCUUUCUCGGUCACAGCAGGUCAUGGAGUUCAGUAGCUCCUCCAUUUUCACUCACUGUUUUGUUUAUACAUGGAUCUGUGGAAAUGCCCAAGCACCCAAAGUGUAAUUAUUGGUAUCAUGCACAGCAGUGGACAAAUAGCUAAACUUGUAUUAAAGGCGAGGAGACGAAACUCAGAGAUGUGCGUCCGGACGGGACUAAAAUUACCGGAGGAGCACGGAGUUCAGAGAAAAACAGUAGAUAAUUCAGCCUGUAAUUUUCUCAGAGGACGUCUGAGAAAAACACCUACAUGAUCGUUCUGGACGGGAAUAAAAUCACAGAGGAUAAAAAAAAACCCAUAAAGAGAAAAUUAACCCAGAACCCCCUGAGAAACUAAUCCUGUCAGGAUAGAGCUUUUGUACAUAUCAGGUCAUCUAUAGCAGCUUUCUGCCAGUUAGAGUCCAUGUUCUCCAGUUCCUCUCAGUACUAAAGACCUUUCCCACGCCUGUUGGGAAGUUCAGACCAUUCUUCACACCAAGCUGGAUGUGUGUGUUUACAUCUAUGUGGGCAGAGUCUCUCCUUAUACUUCACUCUGAUUGGUUUGUAUAAUGCUGUCAGUUCAGUGAGUUUCCUUUCAGCAGGUGUUGUGCUGAAUUCUGCUCUCUGGCAGAAUGCGUCUCUAUUCUUCAGAUUCCCCUCAGAUUCCUUUUAUUAGUGUUUAUAAACAAGGGUUAAUCUACAGUUACAGUAGAUACAGAAUCACCAGGACCUUAAUCUGUUGUAGACAGAUUUCAGCACAACACCUCUUUCUUUUUCUUCUUCUAUUGUUUAAUGGGUGACAAUAGCCUGGUUCUAUAAACUUCCUGCACUUUCUGAAAGUAAUUCUGUAAUUCUGAAAAAAUUCAUCCUUAACAGAAGCUUCUCUGGAAAUGCCAUAUGUAUGGCAGUAUUCUCCCGCAUCAGAAAAUAAAUGUAUACAUAAAUAUAUAUUUUUAUGUUUAAUAGAAACCGAAUCGGCCAAUCGGUCCAGUGGUGAUUGAUCCAUUGGUCUUCUUUUUUUUUUUCUACAUGGUAUUUUCUAAUAUACACUGUGUUUAGACAAUGACUGCUAGCAUUCCUCUUUUAAGUACUUAAGUACAGUUAAGUAAUCUCAAGUACCCUAAUUACAGUCAGAUUGCAGAACCUGUUAUUAGUUCAGAUUUGCAUUGAUGUUAUUCUGUUAAGAAAUGCGGUUUCUUUUUUUCUAGUUUUUGAUUUUAUACAGAGCUCCUUACACUAAAUCAUAAUUUACUAAAAUAGUAAUAGUAAAAGACUUUACAUCUGAUUACUGUACUUUUUACUUUACGUUCUGUUUAGUAAAUACGACGUGCAAAAAUUAAUCAUCUUGAUUUCCAAAAAUAUGAAUACUGCUUUUCUUCUGUAUUUUUUUAAAUAUUUCUUUGUACAGUUUUAUUUGAUUUGUGCUGUUUGAUCACUCAAGUUCUGAGUAUUAGUAAAGUUACUUUGAGACAAAAAAGAGUAUUAUCUUUAUUUAUUAUUAUAUAAUUAUUAUUAUAUAAUCAAGAGGAAGAUGGAUGAUCACAAACCAUCAAACCACCAAACUGAACUGCUUGAAUUUUUGCACCAGGAGUAAAGCAGCAUAAAGUUAUCCAAAAGCAGUGUGUAAGACUGGUGGAGGAGAACAUGAUGCCAAGAUGCAUGAAAAAAAACUGUGAUUAAAAACCAACCAGGGUUAUUCCACCAAAUAUUGAUUAUUUCUGAACUCUUAAAACUUUAUGAAUAUGAACUUGUUUUCUUUGCAUUAUUUGAGGUCUGAAAGCUCUGCAUCUUUUUUUUUUUGUUAUUUCAGCCAUUUCUCAUUUUCGGUAAAUAAAUGCUAUUUUAUACCAUUAACCUUUUUUUUUUAUUUUACUCAAACAUAAACCUGUAAAUAGCAAAAUCAGAGAAACUGAUUCAGAAACUGAAGUGCCCUCUUCAUUUUUUUCCAGAGCUGUAUAUCGAAGUAUGUUUAUGCAGUUAUCACAGACUUUUAAAUUAUUCAAUUUGUUGUUGAUGAAAGUUAUUGAAAUAAUUAUAUUAAUUUAAAAGAA